AUGGCUUUCUAUUUCUUAACUUUUGCCACAGCCGCAUGGGGCUACUCACUUCUCGCCUGGUUGGCAGAAAUUCUCAGAAAAGAGCCGGAAGCCCGUUCGCUUCUCGUCGGUGCUUCUGUCACCCUUGUUUAUGUCGGACAUGCGACUAUACCUCUCCGCGCAUGGCGGACCGCCGAUAGCCCUACGUACCCAGUUGGGUUCCCACUUGCUACUGCAUUUGCAGGAGGCAGUAUUUUGGCGAUACUGGGGAUGUAUUUCUAUGUAAAAAGCCAUUCAUACAUCUUGGAACGGGGAUUAGAGCCUGCGCUAGAAUCUUCAGCAGAGUCUGACGGGGAUAGUAAGGAUACAGGCAGCAAUUUUGGAAAGCAAGCCCUCGAUAGAGUGUCUGAAGUGCGGUCGUAA